GCGCCGAGAGAGUGGGUGGCUUUAAAACACAAACCCAAGGUUGAGGGACUGUGACCAUGUUGUUGCUGCCGCCGCGACUUCUGUAGCUACUGAGGUGCUUCCCUCCCUGCCCCUAAAGCAAGGAAGCUGGUACAUGGAGUCUGCCCCUGGUGCAGCAGAGGAGCCCCAGCUCAGGCACGUAGAAAAGGAUGUUUUGAUUCCAAAAAUGAUGAGAGAGAAGGCCAGGGAACUAUGUUCUGAUAAAGUGCAAGCCUUCACCAAAUGUUGCCAAGAGUCAGGCAUUCUGAUGGUGGUAAAAUGCAGAGAAGAAAAUGCAGCCCUGAAAGAAUGCGUCACUGGCUACUACAAUGAUCCAUCGUUUUAUGAAGAAUGCAAGGCUGAAUAUUUGAAGCAAAGGGAAGAGUUCAGAGAAACAGGAAAUCGUCGAAAGCAGCAGAGGCUUCCUACAAGCAUGUAGUCAAAGUCUUAAAUGUUCUGGCUUACACUUAAACUUUAUAUACCUUUGAUAUCAUGGAAUUGAAUAGAUCUUAAAAUCACUUUUCCUUAACCCACUUGCUGAAAUAAAUGGAGCUUGUAUGCUAUCAUAUUGUAAUACAGGAAGCCAAGAAAGCAUGAUCCUCUGCUUAAAAACCUCAAAAGAAAAGUUGACCAAAUCAAAUUUAAAUCAAAACUUUCCUAAGUUAUUUUUAUUUUUUAAAAAACCUCCUGCAACUAACCCAUUUGCAGAGACAUCUCUUUCAACACUUCUGGGAAUUUCCAACUUUCACACCUACUUCCAUAUUGAUCAGACUGGCUGGAUUUGUGUACGAGGAGGCAGCCUUUAGACUUUCUAUGGUACCUCAAGGCAAAAAGCCAGAGCAGGAAGCCUUUGGUUUUUUAAAAAGUAGAAAAUGCUUAAAGGGGGCAGAGCCUUAUUUGUCUAAUUGAAGACCUUGCUAAAACAGCAAUGCAUGAAUGCUUCACAAACUCACAAGUUCCCAAGUGAUUUUAAAACUCAAAAGUUUUGCUUGGGAAGGGAGGGAGAACUGUGAGAAGCAACUGAAUGGCAAAUUCAGAUUACAGCCAUUCUUCCCCUUCUAAAAGCUAAAAGUUUCCCUCCUUAAAUUAGCCCCAUAUUUUUUAUUGCUGUAUCCCACAGCAGUGUAAAAAGCCAUAGGAAGUUGCCCUUAGGCUAAGCUUGUCCACCCACCCACUGUUAUCUAUGUGAAACAGCAGCAGAUGCCAAGGGGGGUGCCUUCCAGCUGUUAGUGGACUACAACUUCCACCAGCCUUAGCCAACAUGGCAAAUGGUCAAGAAUGGAUGGAAUGUGCAGGCCAGUAACAUUAAAGGGCACUGCAUUGGCUAUCCGUGCUCCAGGGUUUCUUACAGGAUCCUUCCCAACUUUAUAGCCUGGAGAUUGAGUGUGGCAUUUUCUGCAUGCAAACACUUUAUACUAUUGGACUUCUGCAGGUUAGGACUCAUGUAGCACAAAUCAUGUAAAGUAGGCUCAAGGAUUCCUUGGUAUGGUAACACCUAGACUAGAGUAUCAAUGUGUGGAAUGGGAAGGUGAAAGAGAAAGAAUAACCACUUCAAUGAGUAGCUCACCUAAAGAAACUGAGCUGGUUAAUGUUCUUACUACAUCAUGGCACCUCAUAAAACAUACAAGUCUCCUCCCACUUAGGAAUUCAUUUACCUACACAAUGUAUUUAGAUGACUAUCGCUAUGCACAGUAAGGGAGCAACAAGCAGCCCAGCAAGAAAAAUAAAAAUCUACGAAGAGAUUGCUGAGGUGUAGAAUUAUGCACCAGAUAUUACAAGUUUCAUUCAUGCAUCUUGCAGUUGUGGACAUUUCUGAGGUACAAAAGCUACGUAGCAGUCAAAAAAAUAAUGACUACUUGCAUCAAUUUAUAGAAAGCCAUUUUCAAAGAAAAAUAAUUUAUUUAAAAAUACGACCAUUUCUCCAGUACAUUGUUUAAAAUGUUAACUGUGUCAGUGUGCUGGACAGUGAUACUUAUUCAAGGCCCUGUAACCCCAAGAAGCAGCCUUGAAAAACACAUCAGAGCUCUGCAGCCACAUGAGAAAUGGCUUUUGCUGCUUUGUUAUUACACAGGUAGUUGGUUCUAUCAGCUAAAGUCUAGUGACUUGGAUUUAUUUUAUGCAUAUUGGAUUCUGUUCUAUUACUCUCCAGGAGAUUGUACUCCCUUGAGUCAGCUAUGUUCAUUGGUCAGAAUAAAUUCCAGCAUCUGACACCAUUUCCAUUAAUCACAGACAAGCCAGGUUAUGUGAGCGAGAUAAGAGUAUCGGGUGAAUGGUAUGUACCUUAUUUAUGUAUGCCGUUCACUAACACAGUAGAAGUCAUCCUUUCUCCCUCUUCCACAGAUAAAACUCUCUCCAGUAUGAGACAAAGAAUAAAUAUUUAAACUGCAAUGCAAGGAAGGGAAGACUUAGCCACGUUUCUUUUUUCAGAAAAUCACUGAUAUGCUUGCACUGCUCUGGAACACAGCACCCAGGCAAGUGAUUUUUAUCAUUUAAGAACAUGCAUCUUAAAUGGGGUGAAUAACCUUUUUUUCUUCUCUCUCCCCCCCCCCCCCGGUGUAUCUGUCAGGGGCCAUAGGCCAAAAGCAGGCAGGUCCAGAGUCAAUACUGGGUGUGGUUACACUUUUCCUCUCCACUCAGCAGGUUACUCUACCAGAUGAUAUGAACAUCAGCAGAGGGCUUUUGGAAUUGGGCCAAGGCUUGCAGGUUGCUCACUCCUGAUCUCUUGGGUCCAAUGCAGAUUUUACUUUUCCCUAGUCAUGUUUCAAGUCCCAAGUUGGGAAGGAAGGAGGAGGGUGGCAUAAUGCAUUAAUUUGUAACCGUUGAAAUGAUCAGAUGAGAUUCUGGCACAGAACUAGGGAAACCUCGGAGCUGAUAUCUCAACUGUGUUGUCAGCCCUCACCAGCCCUUUCCAGCAUGAGAGAAUCUUACUCCACUGCAUCUCAAAAGGCCAAAGAGGAAAAAUUAUUGCUUGGAAACCUGGACAUUAACAGGCUCUGAAAGCAUCCACUAUUCUCUACUUGGAAACAAAUCAAUAAUGAUUAAUAGGUUUUGCCACAAAAUAUUAAUUUCAGCUAAUCAGUAAUAUAAGGUAGGGACCAGGAACUUAAGAAUUAUUUGACUGGCAAUAGUUAGAAUAUUGAGUGACUAUGUACAUACAGGUAAUGUUUCUGACACUUCAAUGCACCUUAUGAAUAUAGGACAUAAAUUUUAUCAUAGAUUAAAUGCAUUUAUCAUAUUACAGUUCUUCCUGCUUAAGGCGCCUGGAGGUUUCUACAUCAAAGCAGUCAGUGAGCUUAGGAGUCAUAAAGCAAAGUUUUUGGUAACUGGCAGAUAGGCACCCGAACGGUCACUGCAUUUUGGCUAGGAUCAUACCAGAACACCACUAUCUAUGAAGGAAGGAUUUGCCAUUAAGUUUUUAAAGAUUUCUACUCCAUUUCUACUACCUCAGAUUCUUCACUGCAAGGCUAAAGAUGAUACACAGCUGAGACAGCAAAUCUACUCAUUUGGCUUAUUGUUUUAGUCACAAUCACUUCAAUCAUUUACCUCUUCUUCCCAGCGCACAUCACAGAGUAUGGAACAAAAACCAGACGCUGUUUCAGAACUGGAAGUAAAACCUACAUCACAUUCCAUUGUUUACCUGAGAGGCCUGAAGGAAGAGACAGUGUCAAAAAAGGAGAGGGGGAAGGACAUUCUCGAAGCUUUGUAGAAAUGUCUGAAGAUACUGUAUUUUUAAGCAACAUUCACACAAUUAGCUGCAAUGUACAGCUUUUGUUUUACUCUGAGGCUUAAUACUCUAGUAAUUUGCAGGAGUGCAAUCCGAAGACUGGCUUGUGACUCGUGUAUUCUAGGCCUUACACCAUAUACCAUUUCUUUUGAUGUAUAUGGCCUGCUUUCAAAAUUAGACAAGGGAAGAGUAAAAUCACCCUCCUUCCCAUUAGCUACUUUCCUCUUACGUCUAUGGGAGCCCAUUCGGAGCUAAAUCAAGUUCCACAGUUCUUAGCUCUUGUGCAGGCAGUUUUGGUUACAGUGAUCCAAACUGUUCUCUGGAAAGUUUAAGUGAGACGCUCUGUUUUUCGUUUCCCAAAACACUGUCUCACUAGGUUUUGGAGGGCUUGGGAAGACCCAAGAAUUAUCUUCCAGAGAGCUCUUUCCGUACGAAUUAGGUUCCUGAAAUGGAGAGUCGUGAACUGGGAUAAGUCUCUCGUCAGUGCACGAGGGGGAAGACACAGCAUUGCUGAAAAUGUGGUCGCUCGGCGGAAGUAGCCUCUUUUUGUACACAGCUCCAGAAACAGCUAAAUAAAGAUCUGUGGUGUCCCUUUCAAGGUCUUCAAUACACUGAACAGGAGCACGCGAUGGCACUGUGGAAACAGCAGAAAAUACCUAAUUAACACAAGAGACACUCAAAACUGAUACAAUUAUACUUCAUUUCAGUAGUCAAAAGCCAAUUACUCAUAAUGCAUUUCUUAACUUCUGUCCAUUCAUUUGGCUUUACUGCAACUUAGUUCUUCAAGAACCUCAAUACCCCAUUGUUUAACUCGUUGAGAAUUAAGUACCGGUACAUCACCUACAUAGGAGAAUAAAUCCAAUCUUCUCAUUGAAUGGGACUUCUGGGGUUGACAGAGUAAAGGAAAUGGCAGCUUCUUGUUGUGGUUUCUUGAGGGCUGCUUGUUCCUCUCCAGGCUGGGUCCCGUACGUCUUCCUGCUUAGUGAACACACUCACCAGUUCAGCUAUAAAAGUGUGUGCGUGAGGAAGAAAUGCUAAAAAGGAGGGUGACAGGAGAAAAGCUCACCCUCUCCUCUACUUUAACAGUCCAGCCCUCUGCUGCUCCCCUCACAUCUAGAUAAAUAAGCAAAAAGGGGGGGAGCCUUAAAGCAGCAGAGCAUGGGAUGUAGAGUAGGGGGUGGGUUUUGGUUCCAUCCCUGUAGGUUAACAGUUAACACUCAACCCCGGCUUUAUAGCUGAACCAAUGAGCCUGCACCAAUUAGCUGGUCCAACGUUGCAUGGAAAUAGGUGACUGCUUAUGUUCUUGAGCAGGGAUGACAAAGCUGUGCUCUCCAGAUGUCGACUCCCAAUUUCCAUUGCCACCCAAACAGGAAGGCCCAUAGACCAGGGAUGAUGUGAGUUAUAGUCCAGCAAAAAACAUAAGCGCAUCUAUGGUGGAAUUUAAUGUUCUGCUCUUCCAAGUGAUCCACAAAGAACAAUACCCUCUCCUCCCCCUGAGCACUAUUCUAGGGGUUCUGUACCCGCAAAAAUAAAAAU